GCCAUCUCUCCAGCCCCUGAUAAGGCGUUCCAAGUCCCUUGUGGCUCUCUUGGGAGGAGAGUCAGAAGUGCUCUCCGCUCUUGCCGUAAGAACAGCCAGGUUUGACUUACAUGCUGGCGCUCCGACACUGAGGAGCUGCACUCGGGCUCCAGGAGUUCCUCGUUUUCACUGGAGUGGUUAGUUCUCUGUGGAUGGAGACGGAUUGGAGUCUUGAUUGCCCUGUGUUCAAGGUUUCUCCAUAGUCUGCACCGCUUCAUAAACUGGGCCACUUCCCAAUGAGCUACACAGCCAGUCCUUGUGAGGAGCUGGCUGAGAACCGUGCAGCACAUGCCGCAGGGAUGGCACAGGAAGAGAGCCGUCGGAGUCAGGCGCCACCCACCUUCUACCACGGUGCCAGCCAGGAGCUCGACCUGUCCACCAAAGUGUACAAACGAGAGUCUGGAAGCCCUUACUCUGUGCUAGUAGACACCAAGAUGAGCAAACCGCAUCUCCACGAGACGGAGGAACAGCCAUUUUUCAGGGAGACCAGGGCAGUGUCUGAGGUGCACACUGUCAAGGAAGACCGGGAGAAUUCUGACGACACGGAGGAGGAGGAGGAAGUCUCUUACAAAAGGGAGCAGAUCAUAGUGGAGGUAAACCUUAAUAAUCAAACAUUAAAUGUGUCUAAAGGGGAAAAGGGUGUCUCUUCUCAGUCCAAAGAGACUCCUGUUCUUAAGACAAGCAGCGAGGAAGGAGAGGAAGAGAGCGAGGAGGAGGCCACAGACGACAGCAACGACUACGGAGAGAACGGACGGCAGAAGAAAAAGGAGAAGCGAGUGGAGAAAGUCAGGGUUACACAAAGGCGAACCCGGAGAGCUGCCUCUGUUGCCGCAGCUACCACUUCCCCUACACCUCGCACAACUCGAGGCCGGAGGAAGAGUGCAGAGCUACCCAAGCGGAAGAAGCGGGCCGCCAAGGAGCCCAAAGCCCCAGUCCAGAAAGCUAAGUGUGAAGAGAAAGAGACUCUGACCUGUGAGAAGUGCCCCAGGGUCUUUAAUACUCGCUGGUACCUGGAGAAGCACAUGAACGUUACUCACAGGCGCAUGCAGAUCUGUGAUAAAUGUGGCAAGAAGUUUGUCCUGGAAAGUGAGCUGUCCCUUCACCAGCAAACAGACUGUGAAAAAAACAUUCAGUGUGUUUCCUGUAACAAAUCCUUCAAGAAACUCUGGUCCCUGCAUGAACAUAUCAAGAUUGUCCAUGGAUAUGCAGAAAAAAAAUUUGCCUGUGAGAUUUGUGAAAAGAAGUUCUAUACCAUGGCUCACGUGCGGAAACACAUGGUCGCACACACAAAAGACAUGCCAUUUACAUGUGAAACCUGUGGAAAAUCUUUCAAGCGCAGUAUGUCACUCAAGGUGCACUCCUUGCAGCAUUCUGGAGAGAAACCCUUCAGAUGUGAGAACUGCGAUGAGAGGUUCCAGUACAAGUACCAGCUGCGCUCCCACAUGAGCAUCCACAUUGGGCACAAGCAGUUCAUGUGCCAGUGGUGUGGCAAGGACUUCAACAUGAAGCAGUACUUCGAUGAGCACAUGAAGACGCACACUGGAGAGAAACCUUUUAUCUGUGAAAUCUGCGGCAAAAGCUUCACCAGCCGGCCCAACAUGAAGAGGCAUCGCAGAACUCACACAGGCGAGAAGCCUUACCCCUGUGACGUGUGUGGCCAGCGGUUCCGCUUCUCUAACAUGCUGAAGGCCCACAAGGAGAAGUGCUUCCGGGUGACCAGUCCAGUGAACGUGCCGCCAGCUGUCCAGAUCCCUCUGACCUCGGCGCCCGCUGCUCCCGCUCCAGCUGUGCCCAACACUCCCACCAGCCCAGCCCCCGCAGUCAGUAUGAACCCCGUGGGCGGCGGCGGCGGCGGCACGCUUCCCUCAAGGCCCGUCCCGCACCCUUUCUCACACCUGCACAUCCACACGCAUCCGCACCAUGCGCACCACCUCCCCAUUCCACCUGUGCCUCACCUGCCCCCACCCCCGGCCCUCUUCAAGAGUGAGCCCCUAAACCACAGAGGCCAGAGCGAGGACACCUUCCUGAGGCACCUGGCAGAGAAGAACAGCGCGGCCCAGGCCCAGCAUCAUUAGCGCCCGCCCGAGUGUCACCCCCGCGGUGAGUUGGCAGAAGGGUGCAGCUGUGCCUCUCUGGGGUCUCCCUGUCUCCACGGCUCCCGAAUUCCGGGCCUUGGCCAUUGUGCUGGUGAACCAUCAGACUGACCCGAGGGAGUGAACAAGAAGACUGCCCUCGCAACCAGGGGAACCACCGAACUAAAGCUCAGUUUGCUUGCAUUUUCUGAUGACUUUUCUAAAUUUCAGAUACUCAGACUGUGGGAUUUUAUAAUUUCAUAUCAGCGGAUGAGGUAUGCUUGCUUUUAUAUCCUGGUCUUCUCCUCAAAGAGGAGACAGGCCUGGUUUCCUUUAUACUAAUCGGGGAGGCUGUGAGAUUAAUCCAGAGCAUUAACUGUAUCACUGUGUAUUGUAAUGAAUUCUUUUCAGCUUUUGGUGCUGACUGCAGUCGAGCUGGCCACGUUUCACACAAUAUCAAGCAUUAUAGAGAAGAUGGGAAUUUUCUUCUUUGUGUAGCUCUUUUAACACACUCUUAUUUUACUACAGAAAUUAUUUUAGAGUUUUUGUAUAGACUUUAGUAGUCUGUUUCUAAAAUGAAAUGUAUUUCAAUAAGCUGUGUAAUUUUUUCAGUGUAGCUAAACCCAUGUUGUAAAAUAGAUAAAUUUUUUAUAAUCAUCAAAAUGUGAUUCUUAAAGAUACAUAUAAUAAGUUCUAUUUCAAAUUUAUUCUUACAUCCGUACAACUCAAAGGUGCUUCUGAGACUGGAUGGGGGUCAGCAGACCAGGUUACUACAAAAGCAAGGUUCAACCCAAGUGCUCAGGAACUUGAAAACCCCUGCUGGGCACUCAGUCCGUCAGGCUCCCGGACACCUCCAUCCUUGGUGUCCCUUUGCGCCUGUGGAUUCAGUGGGUGCUGUGCUGGGGUGGGGUCAUCAAAAGCUUGCCUGAUUUGGAAAUCUGAGGCACGGUGUGAACACCUUCAGAAGGAAGUGGCAGAGGAUUCCUUUUGAUCACAUCUGUUCCUCACUUCUGUAGGAACUGUGUCAUGCUCAGCUGUUAGGGGAAGAUAAAUUGGAAUCUCUUAUUUUGAAGUUGCUGUGUUUUCCAAGAGUUGGUAAGAGAAGCUAAAUGGUGAACUGAAAUCACAGAUACUGUAGUUGCUGAUAGUGGCUGAGAAAUGGGGGGGAGAAGACAAAUUGGCUUUUAAGUUUCAAAAUGUCUGCGGUCUCUAAAGUGUGGGUGUCCACACUGAUCUGCACCUGCCAUUUCUAUUGUAGUGAGAGGAACUCCCCUGCCCCAGUACUGCUGCCCCAUCCUCGUAGGUAGGCGUGACAGCAGCAUCUUAGAUGAGGAAGGAGCGACAGCUCUGCCCCGGGCACCUCACUCGGUCACUUGGGGAACUUGCACAGAGCGUGGCCACCCUGGAGUGGAUUAUGUGGAAAGCUAAGAAGGGCUGACACAGUGGUUUCAGUUCAGCUGGCAGAUGUGUGCAGGGAGCUACACACCUUACACUUCUUCACCUUAGAGAGCGAGUCCAAAAGGGGGCCACUUACCUUCCCCUUCUCUCCUUAAAAAUCUCAGAACUCUCUCAUUUCUCUUUCCUCAGGCUCUGAAAUCAGAACCUUAGCUGUUAUUUGUUUAUCUUUGAUAUUAGAUGUGCAGAUAUGCGUCACGCACUUUUUUUCUGGCCACUUAACUCUGCAGUGGGGACACAUGGACUCUGGAUUGAGCCGAGGUUCCUGCUUUUCAGUAUCCUCCUCUACAUUAGUUUUGGUUAAUAUUUCUAGAUUGACUCCAGUUUCACCGUGUCCUCUGCAGUGAUAGGAAAAAUUGUGUGCUGAGGCAGAAAAGUAUCUCAGGACACACUUUUCCUCUGGUUUAGGUAUACAUUUUAAUAAAUGGUAAUUUUAAUAUUUGCAUACAUUCUUGGAGCACCCACACACCCAAUCCAAGUAAGGAAGCCAGUUCCUCGUUUCUGACUGUUGCGCCUUUAGAGGCUCUCCAGUCACCUCCACAGUCUCCUUUGUAUCCCAUGGGAAGUCUGCAGAUCCACACGUUCAUGUAGACAUAUCAAUAUUUCAUGGUCAAGCCUAUAAUAUUAAAAUAUUUUUAUCAAAAAAGUAUAAAUUGUAGCUUAGUUAAUUGGUUGUAUCUUAUUUUAUACUAAAUGAUUUUAUGAUAUUGGGCAGAGAUUCUGAAUUCUAGACUGGAGGCUGUUGACUCAACCAUUUUAUGGAUGUACUAUGAAUACUCAUUGAAAAAUUCAGGUAGUCAGUUUUGAUUUUUUUUUUUUAUUCAAAUGACUAUAGCCAUAAGAAACUGUUUGCUACAUAGGAAGUCCAGUAGUAACUCAAUAACCACCACUAUCCUUAACAGAAGCAGGAAAACAGGAAUUUUAAACAAUGAAUUAGCACUGUCACACUGUGUAAUUCUUACCUAAAUGUAUUGUGGAACAAUCUAGAAAUGCCAUGUUUUUUUUCCUGGAUAAGUAUAUCUUCCCUGACUUGGAAUUUGUAGGGAACCUGCUCUAAAAACUGACUCUCACCAGCUUCAUGUGUGAAUAAUGAGCAUAAUGAAAUCCACACAGAAAUGCUUCUGAGCACAGGGGCCACAGGGUUGGGCCUGAAGCAUGCAGGUGCUUUGGGUUUAACGUGCUGAAGACUCAAACUCAGGGUUGAAAUUGUGCUUGGGGUCCGCUCCUAGGAUAAAAGUUGCAUUGUGUGGCAUGCCCGCCCUCGUGUGCUGCAGCACCCCAAGAGUUCUGCAGAACCCCUUACAUCCUUGUUAUCUGUUAGAAAAAAGGCCGUGGAGGAGUUUGCGUUCUAGGCCCAUCUGUAUUUUUGUCUUGUAAAGACACAGGCCACGUUCCAGAAGGAGGUUUUCUCGUUGUCACUUUAUACUACCUUCAAAGGCCUGUAUCAUCACCAGGAUUAUUUGCUCUUCAAAUGGUUUUUAUUGUUGCAAGGAUUACUUAUUUACUUAUAUGUAGACCAGGCUAGCCUCAAACUCACAGCCUGAGGACUGGGUCCAGAGGAGUAAACCACAACAGCCAGUAGCCAAAAACUUUUUAUUGUUGUCAUUUUUUUUGAGAAAUGGUCUCACUAAAUACCCAAGCUGGCCUUGAACUCCCUACAUGGACCAUGGUAGCCUCAAACCAAUAACUCCUCCCACCUCAGCUUCCCAAGAGCUGAGAUUAUGGGUGCCUGCUUCAGCCUGCCUGGCUUCUCCAAGGAUGUUUUUGAGUUGGCAUUACAUUUUUAGAGGUUGGGUUGUACGGCUUUUGUUCUUUUCUCACAGAUUUAAUAAAAGGCUGCUGCUCUCAAAUGGAGUCAGGUGAGCUCAUACUGGGUUAGAUUUCCAAACUGAACGAAAAGAAGAGAAACCCUUUAAAGGAAUGUGGCUUCAUUUUUCUAUAUUAUUUUUUACUUGAUUCUUAUUUUUAGCAAAUGGAGAAGUCUCCACAUAAAACUUUAAUAAAGUUGAAAGAAACCUUUGAAAAUUAUUUCCAUGUACCAUCUUAGGAACUCUAAAUCAGUCCUUGUGCAUGGGCCUUUCCGGAGUUGUCCUGUCUAAGAACCUCCUCAUUUGGAAGCAUCUUUCUGAGCUGGACCCCUGCCACUGCUAACCAGAGGCAAAAUCUCGGAUACUUUGAAUUUUUUAACUCCUUGAAAUUUCAGUUUUUAUUAUUGGAUAUGUAUUUAGUUUCAUUUUUGUCUCACUGGAAGAUUUAAAAUUUGAGACUAUGAAGCAGAGAACUCCAUUGCAGGGGUGUGUGUGUGUGUGUGUGUGUAUGGGUAUAAUAAAUCAGUAUCUAUAUACAUGUAUAUAUAUAUGUGUGUAUAUAUAUACAUGUAUAUAUAUAUGGAUUUAUUCCCUCUUGCAGAUUUUGGUUAGGAAAAUACACUAUGGUGGGUGAGUUUUUGUGUUAAAGAGAGAAAAACUAAAACUUCCAUUAAAAGAACCCGUUUCAGUUAAAGGAACCCUCUGUUUAAGCUACUGUAUGAAAAAUACCACUUGUUACUUUGAUGGUCCACAUGAUGUAGAUUUUGAUGCUGUUCCAGACUAUCUGUGGAACAUGUCAUGAAAAGAAGGUAUGUUACAUAUAACCAUUUUAUCAACGCUUUAAAAAAAUCAGCUGGGAUUGUUAUAACUCUGAAGCUGAGCAAAACAUUAUUGGGUUUUAAGUUUUUUCUUUACUUUAAGUUAGAAAAUUCCCCAAGGGUUCUCUCUUGCCAUCUUUUUUUUUCUUUUUUCAGGAAUAAAAGGUCAUUAGCCAUUAGAAUAGUGGCGUUGUUAUGCAAUAACAGCUCACUAGCUGGUCUGCUUCUGUCAUCUGUAGCAUUCAUGAGAAGCAAUGCUGACCUUCCAACCCUGGAACUACCUCGAUAAAGCAACCCAGAGAUCCUCGCUACACUUGCUAUGGAAGCCAUAAACGUUGUCAAUAUGUCCACCUUCACAGUUCUAUACUUUUAUACUCGCUAGACUUUUUAUAGACUUUUAAUCAGACCUUUUCAUCUUAGAGAAUAGCUUUUGCAAGAUUCUAAGGAAAAUCAAAUUCCUUGAAUGUCCCAACUUUGAAGCUCUAGCUUCAGUAAAUUUGUUUAAAGAGCCAGAUGCCGUACCAUUCCAACAACAAAAUCACACAUGUAAAUCAAAACUACUUUGCAGACCUAUAUAUUCUGAAAAUAAAUUCCUUUUUCUUGUUCCCUUAGUAGAGGCUGUGUUGUGAUAGAGUGAGUCUUUCCACCCUGUUAACUGGGUGUUCUUGGUUGCUUUGUGCACAGUGACAGUGUUCCUGGUAUUGUUUCUAUUACUGUAGCCACAGGAGUGAGUAGUUACCUGUUCUUCUGACCCUCGGCUGUUGUGUGCGGCUUUAGUCUACAUCACAGCUCUCGAGUGCCUUCAAAAAGCCCAUGUCCUGGAACCUUCUGUCCCUGGUCUGGAUCCUACCUCUGAUUGUUUCAUUCUGCAUGACUGUUGGAAUUCACCCUUAACCCAAAGGGCUUAACUUGCUACAAACCUGGCUAAGGAUCGUGAACACACUUAUGUUUUCUUCCCCAUGUUGCUGCUCUUUCUCUGUAUCUUACUCCCCACGUACGACACCUCUGUUACUACAUCCGCCCUGAUCCUUCGCCUUCUUCCUGUUCUUUCACUGAAGGCUGAGUGUUCUUUUAUAGUCAGAGGUCAGCCAGUAUGUCUCUGGGCCAUCCUUUUCUCAUCCGAAGUCUUCCUGAAUGCCUACCCUUUCGAAUUAAAGGAAUACUGAAUGCUGCUGUUGCUACACAUCCUCUCUUUCAUAAACGUUUCACAGGGUUCCUCCCGUGAUCUUCUGUUAGUCAUAGGAAUUUAAAAGUGCUCUCGGGUUUAACAGAAGUCCUUUAUUGAUUUUUUUUUUUUUUGGGAGGGGGGAUCGGCUCCUCUCACCCAGCCACCUGUCCCCUCACAAACCCGUUUAUUUUAUUUUCUAGUUGUCCUCUUACAAGUCAUUUAAAAAGUGUAAUUGGUGUAUAAUAUAUGAAAGAUGUAAUAAAAAGGAAGCUGAAGUGUGUUCUGUGUGUAGUAUGUGCACUUACUUCAUUGAUUAAAAAUUACUUAGCACCUGGCUGGUCCUUCCCACCCCAAAUUAAACCUUGUGCUAUGUAAUGGGUUGACUGUCCCCUCCUAAAGUGGAAGCAGAUGAACUCUUUCAGUGAGGAAAUUGGAUUUGUGUAGGUGAAUGAACACUGAUGAGUAUUUGACCUUAGUCAAAACCUUUGCUUUCUGAUUUACAAUCUCCUGCAUCUUUCCUGAAAGUUAUUAGUACGGAGGCACCCAGGACUGAAAGCCGCAGGAGGUAAGAGUCUCAAAAGGCAGCUGUUGAUAAAUUUUUAAUCCUUUUUGUCUGGGAACAGACAGGAUAUUAAUUGGUGGGACAGUAGCAGAUUGUGAGGAUUGGUUUGCUAACAGAAGUCAGGACGUUUGGAUGUUUCACUGGUGGUUUGCAAUGAGGGCAGUAUGCAGACUACGAGGUAGAGUCUCCUGGAGAAAUCAUGAACAAGCUUCGGCCUUGCUGUUGCCCAUCGCUGAUCUAGACAGUCACUUCUUGAGAACUGGAUGCCUAAAAGUACCUGCUUUUAAAUUGGUUACUCUUCUCUCCAGAAUCCCAGGCAUUCAGAUAGCAGAGAGCCAUACUUAACCUAUCACUGGGAGGAGCUACAUCCUUUGAAAAGGAUGGCUGCUUGUUUUGUGUGUUUAUUAGGGAUCAAAGGAAGUUCUUGCUCCUCAGAGGUGUUCCCGUCACUUAACUCCAGGUUACCUUCAUCCUAUUUGAGCGUCUCUGGUGAAAUCAGGAAUGUGACAAAUUACUUAAAAAUGAUUUUAUAGGAAAUGGAGAUGUUCAAAAAGAUCUGGAAGCUGGGUUUUGCUUAAUGUCAAAAAGAAAUCUGAUGGCUUGUGUUGCCUGGUUUUAGUCAAGUCAAGAGCCUGCCCGAGAAGGACGCAGCUUGUUUCUGUGUCUCUGGCUCCCCUGAAUGAGCACAGCCUUUCCAGUCUGCCUUAUAGGUGAAGGGGGCCACUAGCCAGAAGCAGGGUCUCCCUUGCACCCUGCAUGGGAUCUGAGACUGCUUGGCGGCAUUGGAAAGUAUCUUCCCGUGCAUGAUUACUCAUUUGAGUUCAGUUGAAAAGGAAAGAACGGUGUAGUGUAUGUGGUGUGUGUUUCCUUCUCCAGUUGUACCGCCCGAUAUAUGGCCCCAGAAAAUCAAAUGAGUUAAUCUUCCACAAAUUUGAAUAUGAUUUUUUUUUUCAUUUCUUGAGCUGAUUCUAUUCCAUAUGCAGUACUUGUUUUGACCGUAAGGGGGUGGUAAAGGACUUUCUUCUCAGCUUUUAAGUCUCUUCUGGGAUCUCCCUUGGUUCACUGAUUGGAUUUGACGGAAACACUGAGUUCAGUAGUUGCUCAGGCCUUGUGGUGGGAGCAGAGAUUCCUGGGUCUGAGGUCCGUGUGGGUCAGGCAGCAUAAUCAUCCAGGCUUUGUUAAUACUGGUGACAUGAGAUCGAAAGCUGGCCCUUAUCAUGAAGGAUCCAGUAUUUAGUAAAUGCAGAGCUGAAAGGUAACCCUCUCCCCUGUUUCCUCCCCGCGAAUCCCAUUGUGGCCCUGCAGCCUCACAUCUGUCACAGCAGUGGAGACUUUGGAGUGUGUGUAAGCACACAUGUUCUCACUUUGUCUGACCAAAAGGUGUCUUCCAGGUCGAGGGGGGAGGUCUCCCACAGCAGGUACCCCUUCAGGCUAGAAUUUUGGCCCAGCCCUCUCCACAGUUCCUUGUCUUUGGGCUCCUGGCCCUCGUCAGCUCUUUGGGCAUCUUCAGAUGAAUAGUUGGGUCUCCACUAGGGAAAACAGCAGCCUGUGAACAUUUACCCUGCAGGAUCAGGAAGCAGUUACCUAGGGAAAGACAUCCCUUACUGAUGUCUUCCUGGUCCCUUUUCCCCAGCAAGACCCAAGAACCUGAACAAUGCCAGACACAUAGAGUGGGGGCUCCUUGUAGUUCCAGCACUGUCCAGAGCGGAAUGGAAGCUGUGACCAUGUUAGGUAGCGGGUGGCUUUCCCCAUAGUGCUGAGGUCACUUGUACUUUCUCGUUUCUUAAAGGAAGCCCAGUUUGCUUGCCAAGAAUCCUUAGCCUUAGGUUUACAAAGCUUGCUGUUGAAUGUUUGUCCAAAGGAGUAUGAGAAGAGACAAGCUGCUUGGUUCUGGUCCUGCCUGCAAGGUCAAAAGAUUGACUGCUUAGUCAGGAACGGGCACGGCUCCCUCUUGUCUCUAUACAGGCCCAGUUGAAGGUCACAUUAAACUGGGACUCGGUGAGAGAGGGUAUCUCUCAGUUGUAAAGAAGCUCAGAGGACCUUCAGUGUGUAUGUGUGUAGGGGGUGGUGACAGGUAGGUAGGACAGGAUCUCUGGAGAUGGGAAGGAUGGGCAUGGGCUGCUUGACCUGAGGCGCUUCAUGAUGGAUGGAGUCAGGCGGGCUCUGACCUGGCCCGCAAUGCCUGGUGUCCGAGUCGUCUUUUCCCCUAGCAUCCUGUCAGAUCCCCUGGUGUGAUAAUUUCCUCCUUGUGUUAAGUAUACCAAUAUUAUUUUUUUUAGCAAUUGAAAUGCACUUUUUUUAUUUCAACUCAAUCAUGAUCUUAAGUAUAAAAAUUUAUAGAUUGUUAAAACUACUUUUUUGUGUAUUUUUAACCACUCAAUGUAGCAUUGUGUAUUUUGUUCUUAUUAAGACUCUGGUACAAGGUGUACCAUUUAAUGAUUUUUUUCUCCAACAUGCUGGGCCUUUGGAUGUGUACGGUAAUCAACUUCAUGCUAAUGUUCAAAGUAAAAAAGAAGAAAAAGUAGCCAUA